AUGGCUGAUGCUGUGGCUCAAGGUGCUGACUGCAUUAUUACAAUUAGUGGUAUCCAAAGUAAUGAUUGCCGUGCCACUGCUGUUGCUGCUAAUUACCUUAAUCUUGAUUGCUACCUUAUACUUCGUACUUCAAAGGUUCUUGUGGACAAAGAUCCUAGAUUGACUGGAAAUCUAUUGGUGGAGAGAUUAGUUGGAGCUAAUGUUCAACUUAUUUCAAGAGAAAUAUGA